AUGUUUGAAAGAAUCGUACCGACUCGUUCCGCUCUGAACGAGUCCUCUCAGGUAUCAGUACCCAAUAGUCAGGAGACGGGUACGACUGCCACAGCUGGUGGCAAGCCAGAUUGCGCGAAGGCCGACAUUGCUUUUCACAAAAAGUUUACCGACAACAAACUGGGUGAUUAUUGCAAUUUGGUGACGUGCUUUGAAAUUUUAGGAAGCUACACAAUCAUCGGGCAGAUUAUAAAUGUCCCUGUUGAUGUCAACGAGAUGGUUCGGAUGCUUCCGCGUCAAUUGGAGGAUGAUUACGCCUUUAAUGUUUGCAUUAAAAAGCAAUUGAUCCACAAGUCCAACUACCUGCAGGGAUAUGUCAAGAAGUCUGUCGUUAAAGCAUGGCUUCGCUAUCUUAUCAACACUCCGUUGUAUAAGCGCGAAGGUAUCGUUUUGGAUGAAAGCCUCAUAGAACCAGAUGUACCAGAAGGUACUGACGGUGAGGAAAUGGUUGAGCUGGAAGUAUCGGAAGUCGUGGAUGUCCCAAGAGAUGUCCCAAGAAUUCCCCAGCAGAACGACCAAAUUGCACUUGACGUACUCGAAACUGAAGCGGAAUUGUUCACAGGACAGCAACAGACCGUCUUAUGGAACGAGGACAUGAGUCUAAAUAUUGCUCCUGGUCAGAACCGAAUGCCGACUUCCAUCGUGUACGAUCAGUAUGCAGAAGAGCUUUCUUUUCCCGGAAUCUACCAAGGAAAAAUACGAUCGUACAGGAAAGGGGUUCGCGUUACUCCUUACGAUAAGGCUACCAGUGAAACUAGACGACGUGACCGGCGUGGAGCAAAGCCGACUCACAUCCUGUACAUGGGUGUUAAGAUCAUGCGUCUUCGGGUUCACGAUGGAGUUUCGAGCUCCUUUAGGGUCCAAGGUACGAACAAUGUGACCCGUGCUCAACUCAGUGACCCGCAGUUCAUGCAGAGCCUUAUCGAGAGGAACUUCGCGUGGCUGAAAUCGAUUCCGAACUCGGCAUUGUACUGGCAGAUACGGGAGAAAGAUUUGUUCGCCAUGAUUCGACAGCUGGGAAAGCCAACGGUUUUCUUGACUAUGAGUGCUAACGAGACUCACUGGCCCGAACUGCUGAAGAUACUGUACAAGCUCUCGGAUCAAGAGAACAGGAUCGACUUGACAGAACCGAUGGAGCAACUAACAGCACUUCAAAGAGCAGUAUUGGUCAGUGAAGAUCCAGUCACGUGCUGCCUCUAUUUCAACAAGCUGAUCGAAGUCAUCCUCUUGAUCUUGGGUUCGAAAACUCAUAGUCCGUUCGGGAAGUACUACGUCGUCGAUUACUUCAAACGGAUUGAGUUCCAGCAUCGCGGUAGUCCCCACUGCCAUGCAGUGCUUUGGCUCGCCAACGAUCCCAAGGAACCUGCUUCCGAGCACAUGCCUGCUACUCUGGAACUGAUCAACACCAUCACUUCCAUUAGAUUCGAGGACCUUCCCACGCAGACGGCUACUAAGCAGGUUCAUCGUUGCACGUUCACUUGCACAAAGCGAGGGGAAAAGCGCUGUCGGUUCAAUAUACCGUACUGGCCCAUGAAAGAACAACGGGUCCUGCUUCCUCUUAAGGCUGACGACAGUCGCCGCAAAGAGUUGAAGAAACGCGCUGAGGAAAUGCGUGAUGUCCUGGCAACAAUGGUAUUCGAUACGAUUGAGGACUAUCUGGCCCACUGCGAGUGUACAUACGAGUACUACCUGGAUGUAGUUCGUGCAUCGCUGAAACAGCCUACGGUCUUCUACAAGCGCUCGAUGGAUGAAAAGGAACUGCGAACGAAUCCGUUCAACGCAUGGAUUGCGGACAAGCUGCGUUCGAACAUGGAUCUCCAGUUUAUUGUUGACGAAAAGAAACUUUGCCACUACCUGGUAGAGUACGUCAACAAGUCCAAUCGUGGUGUUAGUGGAUUGCACCGAGAGCUGAUCCUCAUGCAAGAGCAGAACCCCGAGAUGGACUACGGCGAGAUGCUGAAGAAGAUCAGCCUGAAGAUGCUUGGAGCCGUGGAGAUGUGCGCUCAGGAAGCAGCCUGGUUCCUACUGCGAUUGCCGAUGUCCGAGGCAAGUAAGAAAGUUGAGUUCAUUCCAACUGCGUGGCCCCAAGACCGGACAAGAAGCAGGAAGCACUUCAAGACCAUGGAUGCAGAAGGAGUUGGCGAUGACUCGACAGAUGUGUGGAACAAGAACAUCAUCGAGAAGUACGAAGAGCGUGAAGGCCUGGAAGACGUCUGCUUGGCUGAGUUCGUAGCUUGGUAUUCUCAGGAAAGAGGUAAAAAGAGCUACAAGAAAAGGACACAGCCAAGGGUGCUGCGUUGGCGCGGAUUCGGUAUGAGCGAGCUUACUGAGUAUAAGCGCGAAUCUGUUCUCCUGUUUCUGCCAUUUCGUAAUGAGGUGGUGGAUGUUCUCGACCACAAUAAGUUCCUCCAGUUGUACGAUUUGCAUGAGGAACAACUCUUGGCAAAGCGUAAGGAAUACGACUGUGAGUUGAAUAUGGAGCAAACGGUCGAGGAGUAUCUGCGCACUAUUGCGAACUUGGAGGAUGGAGCGGAGAACAACGCAGCAACCGAAAAGCACGACGAGCUGGUGCGGACAGUCAUCAUGCAGCCGAAUAAUGAUGACUUUGAGCUGCUGCCCACAAGAGGUUUAAGAUCUGUCAUCAAGCAACGCACAAACGUGUUGUCGAAGGAGGCAUAUUGUGAGAUGAUGCGAGCUACGAAUGCAGAGCAACGGGCAUUGAUUCUGCACGUAAUCCAUCUGAUGCAUUGCUACGAAGAGCACGAGCCGCUGCAGGUUUUCUUGACCGGUCCGGCAGGAAGCGGCAAAACCUUCGUAUUGCGUGCGCUUAUGGAAACGAUCAAUCGGUACAGCCAAACUCACAACUCCCGCGACAACGCGUAUGUAGCUUCAGCUUCGACUGGAAAAGCAGCCAGCGCAAUUGGUGGAACCACCCUGCACCACGCUUACCACAUCACCAUGUCUCGCCAGGCAACGAAGAUGAAUUUCGAAACGCUCCAGAUGUACAGGAACGAGAUGCAGAAUAUCAAGUUUCACAUCAUCGAUGAGGUCAGCAUGGUUGGCGCCCACACCCUGAAUACCGCACACAUACGCCUCCAGGAUGUUUACAUGAUCUAUGAUGUUCCAUAUGGAGGUGUGAAUGUGUUGGUGAGUGGAGAUGUGAUGCAGUUGCCCCCAGUCAAUGCUCGCGCCGUGUUCAAGCCUCCGUCUAACACCAUAUGUGGCGCUGGCAUAGUGAAUGGUGCAAUUGGGGACUUGAUGUAUGUCGAAGAGGGCGUUGAUGACUCAGAGGAUCGCAUCAUGAGACUUUGGAUCAAAUUUGAAAACGCGCAGAUCGGGAUCAUUGCGAGGAAAGAGGUGGAGCCUAUGAUACGCACACGACCCGACAUCUUGCAGUCAGAUUGGACUCCAAUCGUGAAGCGAUCCGCAAACAUCGAUCUGGGUAACCGCAUUAAAUGCAAGCGCAUACAGUUCCCGGUUGUACCAGCCAAUGCCCUUACCAUACACAAAUCUCAAGGUGGAACCUUUGAUAAGAUUGUGUACGACUAUGAUAAGUCCCAGGAUCAGCAAAUGGUGUACGUCGGUUUAUCACGUGUGAAGUCGCUGCAGGGCCUCUUUUUGACCAACUCAAAGGGAGACUUCAAGUUCCACCAUGCGAAAGGCUGUGACAGCCCAAAAAUGCGAGAACUGCGUAACGAGUACAAGCGUUUGCAGAAUAACCGUUUGCGCACCAUUGUGGACGAAGUGGGUGAGGUCUUUGAGAGCAGCGGACCUGCCACCACGUUGAUGACCAUCAACGUACAGAGUUUGAGAGCUCACAAGUUGGAUAUAACCACCGAUCCCAUACUUCCCAAGGUUCACUUUCUAGCACUGAGUGAGACGUGGCUGGAUGACCACUCCUCAGAGGAAAUAGAAGGGUUUACCUGUAUCAUCCAAUCGAAGCGGGUUGGUGUGCGAUCGGGAGGUGUUGCAAUCUACCAGAAUACGACCGAUCCGGAUACUACCUUGGCAGUCCCUCAUACGCUUGAAGUGGUGGGCAACGAACGCGACCAAGAAUUCGGCAAGGCAGAAAAGUACGGAGAUAUUUGUGCAGCAAAGGUGAUGGUGAUGGGUACUGAAGUACUGCUGGUAUCAGUAUACAUCUCCCCAGGAACCACAACGAAGCAGAAAAUAUGGUUCCUUGCUCGCAAUUUGAUUCGUACUGCCUAUGUGGAUACGCCAAUGGUGGUUACCGGAGACUUCAAUCUUGACAUCACCAAGCAGGAUAGUGCAGACUUCGUGGGUUAUAUGCGAGAACAUUUCAUGCUGAGUUUGUGCAAUGAUACGAAGAAGACGACCACACUUGGUGGUACAGCUCUUGACCUUACGUUCACAAAGAACAUGACGGCGGAGGUCACGCGGUACAUUGCAUAUUUCUCUUAUCAUCGGCCGAUGUUGUCUCUCCUAAGACCAGCAGCAUCCGAACCAUCUCAGGCGAUCUGAACAGCUGUCCUCUGCGCAUGACUGAUUGCGCACAACUAUAACCUGGAUUUGACUACAACCUGGAUUCGACUACAACAACUACAACCUGGAUUUGACAACAGCAUCUACACCUACAGAAGACAAAAAUGAAACCGAAGAAGAAAAUUUAUUGUUAAAUUCUAACCUCACUGACACUAACACACACUCACAAUGAACUGUUCAUUUAUUAGAUUAAGGUCAAAUUGAAUUCAUUGUUACUAUUGAGACAUUGACACAACUACAUAACCUCCUUCCCCUUACAAUAAUACACAAACACAUAGGGAUCCAAUGAAAUGUACAUAAUAGGUUAAGCUGAAGUGAACAGUGCAUACUUUAAAACUAAGUUAUGUUACACUUAAAUCCCCCCCCCCCUCCUUUUCCACCACCCAAUGAUAUUUCUCCCAUUGAUUAAAUAUUUAAACUCUUCUACACACACAUACAAUCACACAUACACGUAAACAUAUACACACAUACAUACGAAUUCACAUAAAUAACACCUCUACUAAUUUCAACAAAUCUACCGAUCGAGAUCUUUGCAGAGAUCAUCCAUUUAUUUUCAGAUUUAAACCCACUAUAACGAUGACGAUUGACAGGAAGGACGAGCGACAGGAAGGACGAAUGACAGGAAGGACGAACAUCCCAAAAACACCACAGACGACAGCCCCAGGAUCACCACUAAUCAAAUUUUCUUUUCAGGGCACUCAAAACAAACGGUCCUUUUCAGGACCACCAAAUAUCUCACGAAAGAGUUACUCAUCGCAAAUCAAACCAAAGCAAACUAAUGAAAUGCAACACAAAAAGAACAAUCUGGAAUUAAUCUAUUACUUUAUUUCGUUCCAGAUUAACCAUUCAUACUUCCGUAAGGAAAUUAACGGA